UUCACGACAGUCCUAUCUAGCGCUUUCCGGCCGGCCGCACGCGUGCUGAUGUGUCGGGGAGGCGGGGCUUAGGGAAGUGAGUCCUCCCGUCGCUACCUACUAGUUUAUCAGCGCUUUGGACGUCUUGCCUCCGCGGAGCCAUGGCGGUGUCUGCCCGGUCCGCGCGGGUCCAGCCGGACUCACGUAAAAUACAGAAAGACAAGGCUGGACAGUCUUCAGGGCCGAGCCAGGGCAGCGGAAUGGGGAAACUCUUGGGGUUUGAGUGCACAGAUGUUUCCAGCUGGGGAAGGCUGGUGACCCUGCUGAAUCGACCAACGGAUCCUGCCAGCCUGGCUGUCUUCCGUUUUCUCUUUGGGCUGAUGAUGGUGUUGGACAUUCCCCAAGAGCGGGGGCUCAGCUCUCUGGACCGAAGAUACCUGGAUGGGCUGGACGUGUGCCGCUUCCCUUUACUGGAUGCCCUGCAGCCACUACCACUUGACUGGAUGUAUCUUGUCUAUACCAUCAUGUUUCUGGGGGCACUGGGCAUGAUGCUGGGCCUGUGCUACCGGAUAAGCUGUGUGUUAUUCCUGCUGCCAUACUGGUAUGUGUUUCUCCUGGACAAGACGUCAUGGAACAACCACUCCUAUCUGUAUGGUUUGUUGGCCUUUCAGCUGACAUUCGUGGAUGCAAACCGCUACUGGUCUGUGGACGGCCUGCUGAAUGCCCGCAAGCGGAAUGCCCACGUGCCCCUUUGGAACUAUGCUGUGCUGCGUGGCCAGAUCUUCAUUGUGUACUUCAUCGCGGGUGUGAAAAAGCUGGACGCAGACUGGGUGGAAGGCUACUCCAUGGAAUAUCUGUCCCGGCACUGGCUCUUCAGUCCCUUCAAACUAGUAUUGUCCGAGGAGAUGACCAGUCUACUGGUAGUGCACUGGUGCGGACUGCUGCUCGACCUCUCAGCUGGUUUCCUGCUCUUUUUUGAUGCCUCAAGGUCCAUUGGCCUCCUCUUCGUGUCCUACUUCCACUGCAUGAAUUCCCAGCUUUUCAGCAUUGGUAUGUUCCCCUAUGUCAUGCUGGCCAGCAGCCCUCUCUUCUGCUCCCCUGAGUGGCCCCGGAAACUCGUAUCUCGCUUCCCCGAAAGGCUGCAGGACUACUGCCCUCAAGGCUACCCUCAACCCAGUGUGUCCUGCAUGUAUAAGAGGAGCCGGACCAAAGGUGGCCAAAAGCCAGGGCUGCGCCAUCGGCUGGGUGCUGCCUUCACGCUGUUCUACCUCCUGGAGCAGCUUUUCCUGCCCUACUCUCAUUUCCUCACCCAGGGCUAUAACAACUGGACAAAUGGGCUGUAUGGCUACUCCUGGGACAUGAUGGUCCACUCACGCUCCCACCAGCACGUGAAGAUCACCUACCGUGAUGGCCGCACCGGCGAGCUGGGCUACCUUAACCCUGGGGUAUUCACACAGAGCCGGCGAUGGAAGGAUCACGCAGACAUGCUGAAGCAAUAUGCCACUUGCCUGAGCCACCUGCUUCCCAAGUACAAUGUCACUGAUCCCCAGAUCUACUUUGAUAUUUGGGUCUCCAUCAAUGACCGCUUCCAGCAGAGGAUUUUUGACCCUCGUGUGGACAUCGUGCAGGCCGCCUGGUCCCCCUUCCAACGUACACCUUGGCUGCAGCCACUGUUGAUGGACCUGUCUCCCUGGAGGACCAAGUUACAGGAAAUCAAGAGCAGCCUGGACAACCACACUGAGGUGGUCUUCAUUGCAGAUUUUCCAGGGCUGCACCUGGAGAAUUUUGUGAGUGAAGACCUGGGCAACACUAGCAUUCAGCUGCUGCAGGGGGAGGUGACUGUCGAGCUGGUGGCAGAACAGAAGAAUCAGACUCUUCAGGAGGGAGAAAAAAUGCAGUUGCCUGCUGGUGAGUACCAUAAGGUUUAUACGAUAUCAUCCAGUCCUUCCUGCUACAUGUACAUCUACAUCAAUACUACAGAGCUGGCAUUGGAGCAAGACCUGGCAUAUCUGCAAGAAUUAAAGGAGAAGGUAGAGAAUGGAACUGAAACAGGGCCUCUGCCUCCAGAGCUGCAGCCUCUGCUAGAAGGGGAAGUACAAGGGGGCCCUGAGCCAACACCACUGGUUCAGACCUUUCUUAGACGCCAGCGAAGGCUCCAAGAACUUGAACGCCGGAGAAAUACCCCUUUCCAUGAGCGGUUCUUCCGCUUCUUGCUGCGGAAGCUCUAUAUCUUUCGCCGCAGCUUCCUGAUGACUUGUAUCUCGCUUCGAAAUCUGGUACUAGGCCGCCCUUCCCUGGAGCAGCUGGCCCAAGAGGUGACUUACGCAAACUUGCGACCCUUUGAGCCAGUGGGAGAGUUGAGUCAUUCAAACACAGAUUCUUCAAAUCCUAAUCCUCCUGAGCCAAAUUCUGACCAUGUCCACUCAGAGUUCUGACUUGGGUACAGAUGUGGGAGCAAACAGUCAUAGGACCAUUUAAGCUGUGUAGUGGGAAUGUGAAGAAAUUGAUAUUUUA